GUUCUAUCAAGAAAAAUCCUGUAUGACAUUAUAAUCAUGAUGCUGAAGAGGUCUAACAACAAGAGGAAGAUAUCAAAGAGGCACUGCUUCUCCCACAAACAAGACGGUUGUCGAGUUAAGCUCUGCUUACCUUGAUUAUGAUGAGUCAGGUUCCUCAAGCAUCGGGUAAGGCUGUGUUGUUGGGGUUAGCUGUUCUUCUUGUAGCAGGUGGUGCUGCGGAGACAAGUGAGAUUCAAGACGAAGGUCAGAUGGAGAAAAGAGUUCUAGGACAGAAUCAAUCGGACAUGAUGACACUGUUGAAGACUUUGCAAGCAAGAGUAGCUCAGCUAGAAACCCAAAGAAUGAUAUUAAUUCGAGGUAAAGAUGGUCGUACCGGGAAACCAGGAAUUCCAGGUGCGCCUGGUGUAAGGGGCAGGCCGGGAAGGAAUGGACAGCUAGGUCCAAGAGGACCCAGAUGUUAUCGUGGACCAGGAGGGGUACAGUAUAUACGAUGGGGAAGAACCACGUGUCCUUGGGGUGCUACACUUGUCUACAAAGGACGUAUUGGAAGUGGAAAUCAUCCUGAUUCGGGUGGGGGAGGAUUUUACGUUUGUCUUCCUGAGAAUCCAAGAUAUGGAAGAUACAAGGAUGGUUAUCAGGAAAUUGCAGCGAUGUAUGGUACAGAAUACGAGCUUUCCUCUUUCAACCCAUUCACAAGAAACCUUCAUGAUCACGAUGCCCUGUGUGCCGUGUGUUACGUUACAACACGAAGUGCCAAGAUGAUGAUCCCUGCGACUUACGAGUGUCCCGCGGGAUGGUCACGAGAGUACCAUGGAUAUCUGAUGACUGAAAAAUGGAAUCACGGUCAUGCGUCAAACUUCAUUUGUGUUGAUCAGUAUGCAGAGGCUGUGCCAGGAACCCAUGCCAAUCUCAAUGGUGCCCUGUUGUAUCCUGUAGAAGGUGUAUGUGGUUCUCUGCCUUGUCAUCCAUAUGUUACCGGACGUGAGCUGACAUGCGCAGUGUGUACCAAGUAAUAGAAGUUACUUCAAGCUCAUCACGAAAAGAGAGCUUGAAAGAAAGACUAUAAGGGAUAUAAAUUGAGCGUUUUGAUUACUUAAUGAUAAGACCUCUUCUAAAGGAACAUUACAUCAUAAAAAAGUAUAAUUAGAAAUAGAAAUUGAAACUUGUAACAGGACAAAUUG